CUCUCAGCAUUUACAGUUGCACACAGCUGUUUGUGGGCGAAAGACGUCGCCGCUUCUCUCUUGUUUAAGGCGCCGGGUUUUGCGUGUGUGACAUGUUGGCAAGCGUCAUAUAAUAGAUAUUUUUAUUAUUUGUUUUACUAAUUUCGCUGUGAUCAAUAUUUAGGCACGCUUAACAAUUUGGUUAUCUAGGUGUGUAUGUGUGAGCGCGUUCGUUGUUAUACAACACUAACAAGCAAACGCAAAUGCCGGUCAACAUAAAUAUAGACCGCUUGUUAGAAUAACGCACACGUGUGCGCCUUACUUAAAGUGAAGUUUUGUUAACAACAUUAAAAAUAAAAAAAAGUGUAAACAUGUCGGCUAGUUAUCAAGUUGAAACAGAACGCUUAAAUCCAACAUUUAAGACCGCAAUAGCGCCAGCGCAAACGCAAUCAAAUCAGAGAGCGCCAUGGGGCAAACUUCUAUUGCUGGUGGCCUUCGCCACGACCCUGGGAGCAGCUGUACCCACCGGCUAUUGCAUUGGCGUUAUCAAUGCGCCCGCUGCGAUAAUUCAAGCCUGGUGCAAUCAAACUGUGAUUGAGCAAUAUCACACUUACUUGAGUGAUGGUGCACUGGAUUUGCUUUGGUCUUCGGUUGUCUCAAUCUUUUUGGUUGGCGGUGCUAUUGGCUCGUUGGGUGGUGCUGGCCUGGCCAAUAAAUUCGGUCGCAAGAGCUGCCUGUUCAUCUGCGCCGUGCUCUUCACCAUUGGCUCACUGCUCUUCUAUUUCUGUCGUGCCGCCAAAUCGGUUGAGAUGCUGCUGUUGGGUCGCUUCAUAGUGGGCUUGGCCUCUGGUCUAGUCACUGCCAGUUUGCCCAUGUAUCUGUCAGAGAUUGGAUUGCCCGCACAGCGUGGCACGUUGGGCGUAUUUUGCGCUGUGGGCGUAACCGGCGGUGUUGUUGUCGGCCAAGUGUUUAGUCUGGCGAAUAUCUUUGGCACUGAGGAGCUUUGGCAUUACGCUCUAACAGCGCAUAUGUUUUUAAUAGUUAUCUGCUAUCUGCCCUUUUACAUAUUCCCGGAGAGUCCGAAGUAUUUGUAUAUAAUGAAGGGCAAUACUAACGAGGCGAAAAGAGAAUUGCAGCGACUGCGCGGCAUCAAUGCUCACCAGCUGAUAGAGCAGGAGCUGGCCGAGAUGGCAGCGGAGGCUGGCGAUACCACACAGGCGAGCAGCUUCUGCGAUGUGCUGCGGGACAAGCGUCUAUUGAUGCCGCUGUUCAUAGUCUGCUGCUUCCAAGGCGGUCAGCAGCUAUCGGGCAUUAAUGCAAUAUUUUAUUACUCCGUGUCUAUAUUCACCAAAGCGGGCUUCAGCAAAACGAAUGCCGAGUGGUGCAAUCUAGGCGCCGGCGUCUUAAACUUGAUGGUGUCACUACUGGGACCACUGCUCAUGGCCACCUGCAGGCGUCGCAAGCUGAUGAUGUUAUCCAGCUCCUUUUGUGCGCUCUUUCUAUUUCUAUUUGCCUUUGUGCUCUAUUAUAUCGAAACUAUUCACUGGUUCGCUUAUGCCUGCAUUAUUUGCAUUAUGGGCUAUAUAUUCUUCUAUCAGUUUGGUCUCGGCCCUAUACCCUAUUUUAUUGGCUCAGAACUUUUUGAGGUGGCGCCACGCUCAGUGGCCAUGUCCAUGGGCAGUCUGUCUUCCUGGGCUUGCAAUUUUAUAAUUGGCAUGACCUUUCCCAGCCUGCAACGCGCUUGGGGCGCCUUUGUUUUUCUACCCUUCUCCAUAACCUGCGUGCUGCUCUUUGUGCUAACGAAAUUCUAUCUGCCGGAAACAUUACGUCGCGAUCCGUCCGCUGUGGCGCCACUCAUUGCCAAAGGCUUCCGCUCCAAGCUCAAAUGAGUCUUGACUACUACUAAAUAUAAGCUAGCAUAUAUACAAUACUUAGUUAAAGUUAUUGCCGGAUGUGUUUACUAAGCCAAGUGCCUGCAAUGACAAUAAGUAUGCCUUGCAUGUGAAUUUUUAAUGAAUAUUAUUAAUGCUCAAUCAAAAGUGUUUGCCUGCUGUAAUCGAAAGUUCAAUGUACAACUAGUUUUAAGUAAUUUGUAAGGCUAGGCCUUUUAGCUUUACGCGUAGCUACAAACUACAUUUGUCCAUUUUAUCUUAUCGACGAACAAGUGCAAGCUAAUAGCUUGAAGCAAGACUGUAGUUACUUUACUAAUUAAAUUUAAUCGUUUUAAGAUAAACAAUAAACUUGGAAACGGAAUAUGCUAUUAA